AUGGAAAUCCUAGCUUUUGAUUUGAACUCAAUUCCAUUUAUCGUCAAUUCGGUCAAAGAGACAACAGCAUAUCGAGCGGUGAUAGACGAAUUGGAAAGGAACUUUGGAGCUCCAAUUCCACCGUCUACAUAUCAAUUGGUAUCGGGAAAAAUAGAAAAAUUUGACAAUGUCCCGUCCUUUAGGAAGCGGUGGAAUGCAAUAUAUAAAGCCAAUAAGAAAACGGCUCGUAUUUAUCGUUUGUUUGAGGACAAUGCGAGUACGCCCAGCACGUUAAAAAUGCCAAAGAGUUCGCCAAAUAAACCUCAAGUGUUUGCCGCCAUCGAUUUUGAAACAUUUGAGCACGAUCAUUCGCGACUAACAGAGGUCGGGAUUUCCCUGUUUGAUUCAAUUGGAGGAGACUACAGCGGGGUCCAUAUUUUGAUAAAGGAGACGCUUCACCUAAGAAAUGGCAGAUAUGUGGCUGAUAACAAGGAUAGCUAUCGAUUCGGUAUUUCCGUCAUACUUUCCAUGUCCGAAGCAAAGGCAUGCAUGUGGAAAUGGCUUGCCAACGCAACCGCCGUCAUUGGCCAUGGGGUGCAGGAAGAGAGACGGUUGCUCAAAGAGCUACUGACUUCUGAACAGUUUGAUCAGCUAACCCGGCAAGCCGAUAUGUUUGACACGCAGGUUUUGAGGUUGACUGUUGAUGUUUUGUUAGGUGCUGUUUAA